AAUUUAAAAAAGGUUUCAUUCAAUUUCAAACCCAACGGGAAACACCGCCAUUGCUCUACCAAAAACCCCCAAUUGCUUUGAUCCUCUAGGGUUUCAAUUCAUCAUAUGUAAUUUUGUAUACUCAUUUCUUGUUCACAUAAUUGAACAAUCUUUACUUUCAUUUCUGUGUUUUCGUUUUUCUUCAGAAAAGUGAAGCAAAGAUGAAUGACCUAAUGACGAAAUCGUUCCUGAGUUACGUCGAUUUGAAGAAACAAGCAACGAAAGAUCUCGAAUCCGACCCGGACAUCGAAACGGGCCAACUCGGCCCGCCCGACGAUGGAAACCUCUCCCAAUUCUUCGUCGAAGUCGAAGCGAUCAAGUCCGAAAUGGAAGACAUCGCGAACCUCCAACUCGAUCUCCAAACCCUAACCGAAGAAACCAAAUCCACCGCACAGAGCGCCAAGAUCCUCCGCGGUGUAAACGAUCGGAUAAAUUCCGACACGACCGCGCUCCUCCGUAAGGCGAGAACCAUCAAGGCGAAACUAGAAUCGCUCGACAAAUCCAACGUCGAAAACCGCGGUUUGUCGCCUCUGUACGUCAAAGGCUCCCACGUCGACCGCACACGAAUUUCCGUAACGAACGGCCUAAGAAUCAAACUCAAAGAAAUGAUGGAAAAUUUCCAGUGCUUACGAGAAAAAAUCGUCGAAGAGCACAAACAAGGGCUUAAGACGAGAUACUACACCGCCACGGGCGAAACCCCGAGCGACGAAGUUGUGGAUAAGAUGGUAUCCGGAGGUGGGCCCACCUCUGUUUUUGCUCAGGGGGAAUCCGUGGAGGAGAAUCGGCAAAGAGACGAGGCGGUUAUGGAGAUACAGAGGAGUUUGGUUCUGUUGCAUCAAGUGUUUCUUGAUAUGGCUGUGAUGGUUGAAUGUCAAGGCGAGCAGAUGAAUAAUAUCGAGCAGAAUGUUGUGACGGCCCGUGAUUUCAUCGGUGGUGGAGUGAAGGAGCUCGAUCGGGCGGAUACGAUGAAGAAACGGAGGAGGGUUUGGGCUUGUUGGAUUGUUGUUGUGGUGCUGGUUUUCUUGUUGGUUUGCCUCGUUGCGAUUUUGUUCUGAAUUAAUUAGACGAUAAUUUUUUUUUUCGGGUUUUAAAUGUGUUUGGUGAAUUGGUGUUCAUCGUUUUCGAUUUGUUUUGAUGGUUUUUCGGUUUUCACAUUGGUAUUUGGGUUUUUUUGUAUUUUUUUUCCGGUUGAUAUUCGGUUUUCGAUCCGGUUGUGUUGUGAGUAUUAUUUUCGAGAUUUUUAAUACAAGUUUGA